AUGAGCCUGAAGAACUCCACGGCCAAUGGAAACGAGAGAGACCAGAGAGCUUCAGCAGAGUCUGAGUCUGUCUGCAGUCUGCACGGUGAGAAACUCAAACUCUUCUGUCUGAUACAUCAGGAGCCAGUGUGUGUCAUCUGUAGAGAUUCAAAAACACACAAGAACCACGGAUUCAGUCCCAUCGAUGAAGCUGCAAAGGAUCACAAAGUGAAGCUUCGGAUAUCCCUGAAGCCCUUACAAGACAAACUGAAGUGCUUUGAACAAGUUAAAGCAAACUUUGAUCAAACAGCAGAACACAUUAAGGUCCAGGCCCAACACACAGAGAAUCAGAUUAGAGAGCAGUUUAAGAAGCUUCAUCAGUUUCUACAAGAGGAAGAGGAGGCCAGGAUCACUGCUCUGAGGGAGGAAGAGAAGCAGAAGAGUCAGAUGAUGAAGAAGAAGAUUGAGCCUCUGAGCAGAGAGAGAGCAGAUCUGUCAGACACAAUCAAAGCCACAGAGAAGGAACUGAGAGCUGAAGAUGUCUCAUUCCUGCAGAACUACAAGGCUGCAGUGGAAAGAGUCCAGCAGCGCCCCCUGUUGGAUGAUCCACAGCUGGACUCAGGAGCUCUGAUAGACGUGGCCAAACACCUGGGCAACCUGACCUUCAACAUCUGGAACAAGAUGAAGGAGAUGGUCUCCUACACUCCUGUGAUUCUGGAUCCAAAUACAGCCAACCCAGAACUCAUCGUGUCUGAAGAUCUCACCAGUGUGAGAUGUGAAGAGAUACUGAAGCUUCCUGAAAACCCAGAGAGGAUAGAAAUGCACAGCUGUGUCCUCGGCUCUGAGGCCUUUUACUCAGGGACUCAUGACUGGGAUGUUGAGGUUAGUAAUGAUGCAUUUUGGGCUGUAGGUGUCGUACGGGAGUCUGUCGGGAGAAAGGGACAAAUACUGACUGGAUACUGGGGUAUUUGUCUCCUUGAUGGAAAAUACACAGCCGUCUCCCGGCCACUUCCAGAUAAAGCUCUCCCAGUAAAGAAGCUCCAGAGGAUCAGAGUUCACCUGGACUUUGACAAAGGAAAACUGUCGUUCUAUGAUCUUGAUACUAACACACACAUACACACCUUCAAACACACUUUCACUGACAGGCUGUUUCCAUACAUUGGAACCCGCAAUAAACUGCCAAUGAAGAUAUUACCAGUGACUCUCUCUGUUAAACCAGAAGAGCAGACAGUGCCGACAGGCUUCUGGUCUACGUUCUAAUCUUAGCUAGAUGCUAUGUGUUAUUAUUUUCAGGUGAGGUAAGACCACUCAGAAAUGUCAUCAUUUGGCAUAUCAGUGAAAAUACAAGUUCUUGGAGUCAUUAUGAAACUUUAGCCUCUCUGUGUGUCUAAAGGUUAGAAACAAAUGUCUGUAUAUGAAUGAACAGAGGAGCGUCAGUGUUUCAGGAACAUCUAAUGAACCAUGUUGUGAUUUUCUGAUCAUUAGCUCUGUCAAAAAAUGUACUGAUAAUGUUCGAUGAAAAACAAAAAAGGCUUUUGAUUUUGUUACUCAUGUUAUUUUAUUUCUUACUUUGAAUAAGAUGAUUCUGAAUAUCUGGUGCUGAUAAUAAUGUUUGAAUUUUAAAAAUCAAAUAAUGCAAUCACAGAUAAAUUGAAGAACAUGAUGCACACCAUAUAUAGGCCCACAUAGCAGGACAUUAUACAGUUAAGAAAUCAAAUCACUGUAAAUAACAUUAAACCAUGUAACAAAGACAAUGUGGUAGAAUUAUCUUAACUACAUCUUUUACUUUUUUCACUAGCUAUACAAUCAGUCAUUAUCUUAACAGAGUCAUUAUUUCUUUUGAAUCAAAAACUUCAGAUUCAGGUAUGAUUUUGAACUCACUGUAAGUUACUAUGAGUGGGAGGUGGGUAAGUUUUAUGAAUGUAAAUGGUACAUUACUGGUUGUGAUCUGAUGAAACACUUUUAAUUCUAAAACCAAUAAAGAAUAAAACAUAAAUGGUUUCAGGUUACCCAUUGAUUUCAAGCUUGAGUUAAAAACCUAUGAUUUAAAGUACCUUAAAGUACAUCCAAGAUGUCCAGGAUAUUGUCAAAAAUCAUUUUAAAAGCUCAUAUUAUUUAGAGACAAACGGGAACAAGGCGUAAUGCUUGAUUCUGAUGUCAUAUUUUGAAAAAAGGAAAAUUCUAAUAUUUAGGAAAAAGGUGCAGUAUUUGAAAGUGAGAAUAUAUUAUAAAGCACUUAACUCAUAAUAUUGUGAGAAAAGUGUUAACAGAGAAGCCAAGAGCAGCUGUGAUUGUGGAGAAUGUUUUCAAGCUUGUUCUGUCUACAUUUUAAAUUAUCUCAAAGUAAAUCAUGUUGAGUUUUAUCUCAAACAUGUAUUUCUGAUCGUGGACUUCUUGUAAAAACAAGUGGCCACACUUCAUGUUCAGGGUUUCAUAUUGCAGUUAUUCCCUCCUGCCUUGACAGAAUAAAACAGGAGAGAAAGGACAAAAAUUGAAACAGGAUGAAGAGAGUAUGAUUACACAAAUAAUUUGUACUGUGACAUUUUUCUACUUUAAAACCAAAUGUACACAGUGAUUUAGCAAAUAAUACUCCUGUGAUUUACAGUAGUUCUGGACCUCUAAAAACAGCGAGGUACUUGAAUGGGAUGGAAGAAAGAAAACUGGUUAAAUCAAAGCAGCAUUUUGAAUUUUAGUCCCUAAUGUUUGUGAAUCUCUGAAAACACUUCCUACAUCUUACAUUCCCAAAAUGCAACUCAGUAGCAUCUGUUAUCAGACCCUCGCUGCCUGUAAACAUGAACAUCCAUCCAUUGUCUGUAACCGCUUUAUCCAUUUUAUGGGGUCGCGUGAGUUUUUGCUAGAGCCAAUCCCAGCUGUUUCUGGGCAAGGGCAGGGUAUAGGGUACUCCCUGGACAAGUCGCCAGCUCAUUGCAGGUAUACAUGAACAUCUUUUAUACAAUUAGAGUUUGGAAGAGAUUUCUGUUGUACAACAUCAGGGUGAUGUUCUCCUCCAGAAGCAGACGACAUCAUACAACUGCUUUCACAGCCUGAGAACAACUAAACAUGAUAUGGAAACUGAUCUUCACGUAUGAUACUAGAGGAGUGAAUUGUGAAUAUUGAAAACACUGACCACAAAUUGUACCAGUGUCGUAUGACGCACAUUGUUUGAUAUUCACAUCUGUGGAAUGAUGAACCCACAUAGCGCACAAACCCAUAAGAAGCAUGAGACCACACCUCAUGUGCAGGUGUAUUUCCGGAAGUUGACAAAUAUCUUGUUUGACUCCACAGAAUGAAAGACUUUUACAGACCGUCUCAUCCCAGUCGACUGCUGUUUCACACAAAUUAAAUGGGUAAAUAAUGCAAAGAUAACUAAAUAAGUGUUUGUGAUGUGAAAAAGAAAGUUACAACAGACAUACACAGUAACCACUCCAGAACAAGCACAGUCAAUGUCAAGGGACCGGUUUGACUGUCACUCCUUGUUGUUGGUGUUGGCAGGGAGGGUUCAGGUGGUGAAACCACUUUAUUCCACACAUGUUCACAGAGGCAGGGGAGAUCAGACUUUACUGACUGGGGUGGGCAAACGGGGGCUCUAAUUUAUGUAGGGGUGGCAUCAAGUAUGUCGCUCACACACACACACACACGCACACACACACACGCACACACACACACACACACACACACACACUACAUAUAAGGUGUGGUCUCAUGCUAUGUGGGUUCCUCAUUCCAUAAAUGUGAAUAUCAAACAAAGUGCAUCAUACGGCCCUAGAAUUUGUGGUCAGUGAAUUUGGGAAGAACUGUCAUCUUAACUGAAUUGAUUCUGCCUGCCAGAGAUAAAGGCAAUGACAACCAACGGUGAAGAUCAUCUUUUACACGUAUGAAUAAAGUUUCAAGAUUAGAUUUAAAAAGUUUGUUAAAAACCACUACCCUUAGGUAUGUAAAACCUUUCUUAGACACUUUAAAGGGAAAUGUUGAAAGCAGAUUUGUGGUUGCAGCUUUAUUGACAGGGAAAACCUCACUUUUGUCAAAGUUGAGUUUGUAACCAGAGAUCCUUCUGAAACACUCUAAUGUCUUUAGUAUAUGUGGAACAGACUCAGUUGGCUUGGAAAUUAAUAAGAGAAGAUCGUCCGCGUGUAGAGAUACUUUCUGAACAGCUCCAUAUCUAGUAAUUCCUUUAAACCCUGGGAGACUACGCAGAGCAAUGGCCAGCAGUUCGAAAGCCACAGCGAACAAAAGAGGAGCGAGGGGGCCUCCCUGUCUAGUCCCCCAUGAGGAGGGAAGAAGGCAGAGAUGUCAUUGUUAGUACGAACUGAGGAUAAAGGUGAUGAAUAUAGAAGCCGUGUCCAAGAUAAAAAGCCCUGGUCAAACCCAGAUCUACAGAGAGGGGUGAAAAGGUAUUCCCACUCAACCCUAUCGAAGGCUUUCUCGGCGUCCAGGGAGACCACUACCUCUGGACACCGAUGAACCUUAUAGAUUAUGUUGAAGAGACGCCUGACAUUUAAAAAAGAAUGCCGGUUUUUAAUGAACCCCGUUUGGUCAUAGUGUAUGAUUGAUGGAAGGACAGGUUCUAAUCUAAGUGCAAGAACUUUGGCAAGUAUUUUGACAUCAGCAUUUAACAGUGAAAUAGGGCGGUAGGAUGAGCAAUGGAGUGGGUCUUUAUUUUUUUUUCAAUAUUAAAGAGAUAGAGGCUCAGCUCUUCUAUGAUCUUGAUACUAACACACACAUACACACCUUCAAACACACUUUCACUGACAGGCUGUUUCCAUACAUUGCUCCCCUGGAUGAACUGCCAAUAAAGAUAUUACCAAUGACUUUCUCUGUUAAAAUGGAGCAGCAGACAGUGCCGACAGGCUUCUGGUCUACUUUCUAGUCUAAGCUAGAUGCUAUGUGUUAUUAUUUUCAGGUGAGGUAAGCCAAGUCAGAAAUGUCACAAUUUGGCAUAUCAGUGAUUCUACAAGUUCUUGGAGUCAUUAUGAAACUUGAGCCUCUCUGUGUGUCUACAGGUUAAAACACAAAUCUGUAUAUGAAUGAACAGAGGAGCGUCAGAGUUUUAAGGAACAUUAAUGCUGUGAAUUUCUGAUAAUUUUCUCUGUCAGAAAAUGUACUGAUGGUGAAAAAAUUAAAUGAAAAAAAAAAUACUUUUGAUUUUGUGAUAUAUUGUUUUACUUCCUCUAAUGUUCUUACUUUGAAUACGAUGUUGAGGUGACAUCUUGUGUGCAUAUAGUGAUUCUGAAUAUUUGAUGUUGAUAAUGAUGCUAAAAUUAAAAAAAUCUAAUAAUGAGAGUACAGAAUAACAACAUAAAUCAACCUCCUAAAUCUGUAAUUAAAGAACAAGAUGCAUACCUCGCAUCAUUUAUAUAGGACUACAUAGCAGGACAUUAUACAGUUUGAAAAAUCAAAUCAUUGUAAAUAACAUUAAAUCAUGUAAUAAAGACAAUGCGGUAGAAUUAUCUUAACCAUGACUUUCACUAUUUCUUCUUUCAAGCUUGAGUUAAAAACGUACAAUUUAAAGUACUUUAAAGUCCAAGAUGUCCAGGAUUUUGUCAAAAUAUUUUUAAAGGAUCAUAUUCUUUAGAGUCAAACAAGAACAAGGCGUCACGUUUGAGGCUGAUGUCAUAUUUUGAAAAAAAGGAAAAUUCUAAUAUUUAGGAAGAAGCUGCAGUAUUUGAAAGUGAAAACAUAUUACAAAGCAAUUAACUCACAAUAUUGAGAGAAAAAUGUUUGGAGAGAAGCUGAGAGCAGCUGUGAUUGUGGAGAAUGUUUUGAAGCUUGUUCUGUUUAUAUCUCAAGUUAUCUCAAAGUAAAUCACGUUUCUUCAUGUUGAGUUUCAUCUCAAACACGUUUUCUGAUGAUGUGGACUUCUUGUAAAAAUAAGUGGCCACACUUCAUGUUCAGGGUUUCAUAUUGCAGUUAUUCCUUUCAGCA